GCACUUCCUUCGUAUUGUAUUUUCUCUUUUAGGGAUUGUUUUUUUAACAAUUUUUGCCUUGCCAUAAGCAAUACAACCAUGGCAAGGAUCUCUCUGUUGUUCUCAUUAGCCUUUGUUUUAGCCCUCGGCUCAGUGUUCCUUUCCGUUUCCGGUCACGCUCCUCCCGUGACACCGAGAAAAUCAGCAUGUCCAAAAACAGUAUCCGAACUCCAGACCUUACCUUUUACCGAAAUCACUGAGAUCCUAAACCGAAAAGAGCGGUCUGCCCCGAAAACCCCUGAGUUCAAGGCAAUGUUCACAAUGUGCAAAGGCUACGUGACAUACCUCGAGAGCCUCUACAAGUUUGAGAAUCCCAUUGUAGAUGUUUUAGGAAUUGCCAAGACCAGAUACACCCUGAUGAACAAGGCAAUUCUUGCUGCGCAAGCUAGUGUUGGCGGUAAAGUCAAUAAGAAAACUUCUUUGAAGCUAAAGAAAAGCUAUGCUGAUUUGACAAAAGGGUUUCUCCGAAUUAAAGAAACUAUUGUAAAGAUAUCAGCCAAACAUGAUUACCAGGCUGAUGCAAAGAUCACGGCUCACGAAGCGAAAAAGCUCAAUCACGCUAUGAUAAGUUUCAAGAAUUCGAUCAAUGCUUUCAUGAAUGUUGUUAACAAUCUUGAGAAUAAGAAGAUGAAGAAAAUAGGUCUUCACGCAAGAGCACUUGGAGAAAACCGUGAGAAAGUAAGAAAUGCUUUCAAAAGUUUUUUCAAGAAGUUUGGUGGUUAUCUAGGAGGUAAAACUCACCGAAGAGAACUAACUGAAGCUAAAUACAACGCGGAUUCUCACGUUGGUGCUGACGUAAAAGGAUUUGAAUCCAUUAUCGAUAAGUUUUCUGACUUCUUUAAUGGUUAUCUUGGAGGUCACCGAAGAGAACUCUUUUACCAAGUACCAGCAGGCGAAUUCGCCGAUGAAAAAAUUGCUAUUCAUGCUUCUUUGGACGCCAAAGCUCACGGAAGAAAAGGAAUUCGAAGGGAACUAUAUGCUCAAGCUCCUUUAUUUAAAAAUUUCUUCAAUGUUGGAUUUGGAGGUAAAGCUCAAUACGAUGCCGCGGGAAAGAUGAAAGUCGCCGGAGAUGAUGGAUUCAGGUCACUGAACAGGGCACAUGUUAAACAUUUUGCUUCGACAGAAGCAUAAUUUUAUCCAUUUUUUCACAACAGAGGAAGGAAGCCAUGAGUUCAUCUUUAUUAAUAUAAUGUGUUUGUUUUUCGACAAAAUACGAAGGAAGGGAAAUGCCGUGCGUUAUUUGUCUAUAUGUAACUAUGUAAAAGUUGCAACAUGUUUAAUAAAUAACGUUCGUAUCGCAUACAUAUUAAUUAAUGGGCUCACUUUCGAAUUAAUAGCUGAUAAAUAUUUUACCUAUAGGGUGAUCAAAUCCGGGCAAUGAGUGAAUCUAUCUAACAGUUCUAUCUACAUCACGUUAAC